UUUGGAUUUGGCCAGUUUAGAUGCUGCCGCGUGAAUGCCAUCGUCGGAAAGUUUCGUCUUAGAAAGUGAAAAAGUAAAAGGAGAGCCCCCCAAACAGAAUGCAGAACUCACCGGCGCCGUGUGCCUGGUAUUUACCAUGGUCCUUGGCGGCCCAGCAGCACCAGCAGAAGAUGCUCCAGAUGCAGUCGCCGUUUCUGGACAAGAUGGGUGCCCCAUCGGUGGGCGGGAUCUUCGCCGGACAGCCGCAAAUGCAACAGCAACUGUCGCCAAAUACGGCGGCAGCUCCGCCGGCGAAUUACCAGCAACCCACUUUGCAUCCGAGUGCCGCUCCGGGUGCCCACUUCCACAUGGCGUCGCCGUAUAAUCACCUGGCUCCGCAGCUCCUCAAUGCCGGCCAGCUAAACCAGAACGCACUGGCCUCCCAAUCCCAUCUGAUGCACUCCGCGAUGUUUUCAUCCCUGCCACUGGGAGCUUACUAUGCACCCGCGGCCGGAGGAUCACACUCGCCGUUUGGAGGAGUUCCCUUGACAGCCUCGGCAGCCCAGCAAUCCCUGAUGGCGGCCACGGGAGCCGGUGGACCUGGAGGAGCACCUGGCCAUCUGGGCAGCCAGCCAACUCCCGCCCAGGUGCCCGUGCAAAUGCCCGUGCCGAUGAACCCCAGAGCCACUCCAUCCAUGGUCCAGCCACUGAACUGCCUGCCCCACCAGGAACUGAACCACCUGUCGUCCAUCAAUCUCAACCUGAGUGGCGUCGUCGGGCUGAGGAAUCCCGGAUCCGCGCUUCCAACCAUCCAGGUCUUGCCAACUGCCGAGGUGCCGAUCAAUAAAAAGACUACUUCUCCAAGGGACUCCGAUAAUCUUAAAAUUAAGAUACCCGAAAAGCGGAAAACUGAUGAUAAUGAUCAAAUAAAGGAACUCAAAAAAGCAAAGCUAGAAACCAAAGCUUUAAAGGCAAAGCGGCCGGGAUUCACGGAUGAAAGAUACCAGGAAACGUCCUACUACAUGGAAAAUGGUCUUCGCAAGGUGUACCCAUACUACUUCACAUUCACAACAUUCACGAAGGGCCGUUGGGUGGGCGAGAAGAUAUUGGAUAUAUUUUCGCGGGAAUUCCGGGCACAUCCUGCCGAGGAAUACGAGCGUUGCAUUCAGACAGGCACGUUGACAGUAAACUUCGAGAAAGUGCCCAUUGACUACCGGCUAAAACAUAACGAUCUGCUGGCUAAUAUAGUUCACAGACACGAAGUUCCCGUGACUUGUCAACCAAUUAAAAUUGUGCAUAUGGAUGAGGACAUUGUAGUUGUAAAUAAGCCAGCAUCGAUUCCUGUUCAUCCCUGUGGACGUUAUAGACACAAUACUGUAGUCUUCAUUCUGGCUAAGGAGUUUAAUCUCAAGAAUCUAAGGACUAUUCACCGACUGGAUCGGUUGACUUCGGGACUUUUGUUAUUUGGACGCAGUCCCAAAAAAGCGCGACAAAUGGAGCAGCAAAUUCGCAACAGGCAGGUCGAAAAGGAAUAUAUCUGCCGGGUGGAGGGAGUAUUUCCAGAUGGCAUUGUGGAGUGUAAGGAGCCCAUUGAAGUAGUUAGCUACAAGAUUGGCGUGUGCAAAGUGUCUCCAAAGGGAAAAGAUUGCACGACGACUUUCCAAAAGCUCUCCCAAAAUGGAACAACUAGUGUGGUACUCUGCAAGCCACUCACAGGCAGAAUGCAUCAGAUAAGAGUACACUUGCAAUACUUAGGUUAUCCCAUUCUGAACGAUCCACUUUACAAUCACGAAGUCUUCGGUCCGCUAAAAGGACGAUCCGGCGAUAUCGGUGGAAAGUCGGACGAUGAGCUUAUCAGAGAUCUCAUAAAUAUACACAAUGCUGAGAAUUGGCUGGGCAUAGAUUGUGAUUCAGACAUAUCCAUGUUUAAGAACACCAAGGACGAGACAGAUCGCGAAAGUCUCAGCAGUGAGCACACUUCGGUUGUUCAUCACAGCGACGAUGAUGGUGGGGUUAAUUCACGGGAAACCACACCUCCUUGUACUGAAAACCAACAGCCGGAAGUUGCUGUUAAAAACGUAGAACGCCCAAAUGUAGUCAAGGAAUAUCCAAUUACUGCACAAAAGUCUUCCUCGGAAAUAUCCCCAGCUCUUCUGGAUUCAAUGGAGAUUCCUUUGAGUGGAGGUGGAUGCAAUGCUAACAAGGUCACCAUAGACGAACAUUGCUACGAGUGCAAAGUGCACUAUCGGGAUCCCAAAUCCAAGGACCUUAUAAUGUAUCUGCACGCAUGGAAGUACAAGGGCCCUGGCUGGGAGUAUGAAACGGAGUUACCGAAUUGGGCCCGCAACGACUGGGACCAAUUAGACUCGGCAUGAGUACACAAUACUAAAUUAGAAACCAAACAGACCAAAAUCAACAAAAUUCUAUAUAUCAUACAUGAAAGAUGUGCCUUUAAAAUUGGUUAGCAUGCGUACGCUUCGAUUAAUGCGUUAUAAACAAUAAUAUUUAUGUACACAAAGGCGUAGAUAAUGCGUUUAGAUCGAUUGUAAAACUAUAUACGCGCAUUCUAGAAUCCUAUAAAGUUCACAAUCAACCACAAAUAGGCUAAUACAAGAGCUGAAAAGACGUGCAAAUAAAUUCGAAGCUUUUAUUACAAAAUAAUAGGUAUAUUUAUUUGUAUACAAGACAUGCACUUAUCUGAAUAAACGAUAUGUGAAAGGCAAUAUAUUAUAUUAUAAUCGGAUUAGACAACUUUAUAGAAAUUAGUUUAUAUGAAUGUAAAGCGAAAUCGUAUACGCAAAAAAGAAAAUAAAUAAAAUUUUACAAAUGUUUCUUAGAAAAUAAA